AUGUCGAAGCCUGUAACGCCGUACUCGGGCGUCCCCCAGUUCACGGUCAAGGAUUAUUCCUCGUUCUUUCUGGCCGGAGCGCUAUGUUGCACAGUAACCCAUGGCGCCAUGACGCCCAUUGACGUCGUAAAGACACGCAUCCAAGUCGACCCCGCCCUCACCGGCUCCUCCCUCAUCAAAGGCACCCGCUCCAUCGUCGCCAACGAGGGCCCCUCCGCGCUGCUCACCGGCUUCGGGCCCACCGCCGUCGGCUACCUCGUCCAGGGCGGCGCCAAGUUCGCCGGGUACGAGUUCUGGAAGACCACCUUCGUGCGCGCCGUCGGCGGCCAGGAGGACGCAGUCAAGUACCGCACCGCGAUCUACCUCGGCGCCGCGAGCGUCGCAGAAUUCUUCGCCGACAUCCUCCUCACGCCCCUCGAAGCCACGCGCAUUCGGCUCGUCUCCGAGCGCGGCUACGCCUCGGGGCUCGUCACCGGCUUCACCCGCCUCGCGCGCGAGGGCGGCCUGCGCGAGCUCUACGCGGGCUUCCUCCCCAUCCUCUGCAAGCAGAUCCCGUACGCCAUCGGCCAGUUCACCGUCAACGAGCUCUGCCACGAGCUCGCGUACCGCGCCAUGUCCGAGGAGACCAAGCGCAGCCUGUCGCCCACGCACAAGUUUGGGAUUUCGCUGGGCAGCGGCAUCACGGCCGGGUGUGCGGCCGCGGUGUUGAGCCAGCCCGCGGAUACGCUGCUAUCCCAGAUAAAUAAAGGCCACGGGCCAGAGGGGAGCAUGGUCCACCGCCUGACAGUCCUCGCAAAGCAAGCCGGGUUCAAGGGCUUGUUUGCGGGCCUGGGCCCGAGGAUGGUCAUGACAGCCGGUUUGGUCGCGGGCCAGUUCUUACUUUAUGGCUGGAUUAAAGAUGCUUUAAAUGCACCGCCUGGUGUCGAGAUCCACAAGGAGAGCGAUCCAACGAAGGCUUGACGUUGAAAAUGAAUAGAAUACUUGUAUGAGAGCGGUAGAUUGGCUCGAUCUUGGACUUGAUAGACACAACGUUGUCUGUAUAACACCCAGCCACUAAUCAUUCAUCUAACGAAC